UAAAUGCGAAUGGUGUAAAAGCAGAAUCAAAAAUUAACUUUAGCAGUCGGAGAAAAAAUUGUGGUAAUUUUGUUGGCUGUCAAAAAAUAAUAAUUUGUGUAUAUUUGUGCAUAUUAUUUAAAAAACAUUUAUAACCAUGGCGGAUGCUGCAGCUCGUCAGCUGCAAUAUGAAUACAAGGCGAAUUCUAAUCUUGUGUUGCAAGCAGAUGUACGUCUCAUUGAACGCCCACGUCGUGAUGAGGCUACCGGAGAAGUAGUAUCGCUUGUAGGUAAGCUUGAGGGAACACGUAUGGGCGAUCGCUAUCAACGCACAAAGCCUGAAAAAAUGGAAGAGCGUAAGGCGAAACGACAAAAGCGUGAUGAAGCCCAGUAUGACUUUGAGCGCAUGAAGGGAGCUACCUUAUUAUCAGAGGGCAUUGAUGAGAUGGUGGGCAUUGUAUACCGUCCCAAAACUCAAGAAACUCGCCAGACAUACGAGGUGUUGUUAAGUUUCAUACAAGAAGCAUUAGGCGAUCAACCUCGUGAUAUUCUGUGUGGUGCGGCAGACGAAAUUUUGGCGGUGCUAAAAAACGACAAACUUAAAGAUCGUGAACGGAAACGUGAAAUAGAUAGUUUGUUAGGUGCCGUAACUGACGAGCGGUUUGCUUUGCUAGUAAAUCUAGGCAAGAAAAUCACAGAUUUCGGUUCGGAUGCUGUAAACGCAUUGAGCAUUGCUGGCAAUGAGGAACAAAUUGACGAGACUUAUGGCAUUAAUGUGCAAUUUGAGGAAUCAGAGGAAGAAAGUGAUAACGACAUGCAUGGCGAGAUACGCGACGAUGACGGACAGGAAGAAGGCGAGGAGGCGCGCAUAGAUCAUACACUGCAUGCUGAAAAUUUGCUUACUGAGGAGGCUGCCAAUGUAAAGAAAGAGCGAGGUUUGCAUCCGUUAGAUAUUGAUGCGUAUUGGUUGCAGCGCUGCCUAAGUAAAUAUUAUAAAGACGCUAUGGUAUCCCAGAGUAAAGCUGCGGAUGUACUGAAAAUUCUCAAAGACGCGUCCGACGAACGAGAUUGCGAAAACCAACUUGUACUUUUACUUGGCUACGACUGUUUCGACUUUAUCAAACAGCUAAAAAAUAAUCGCCAAAUGAUUCUAUAUUGCACCAUGUUGGCAUCAGCUCAAACAGACAGCGAGCGUCAGCGUAUCAGAGAAAAAAUGCGCAAUGACAGCCAUUUAGCAAAGAUAUUGCGUCAAUUAGAUACUGGAAAGUCGGAAGAAGACGACUAUGGCAAUUCAUCGCGUGCUAAUAAACGGGGCAAGGAGGAAAAUGAUGACUCUGGGCAAGGAAUGGCCGGGCAAGUGGCUGGUGUGCGCCAAGUGCUCGAGUUGGAAGAGAUAGCAUUUACACAAGGAUCCCACUUUAUGGCAAAUAAGAGGUGCCAGCUGCCUGACGGUUCAUUCCGAAAACAACGUAAAGGCUACGAGGAAGUGCAUGUACCGGCCUUAAAACAGGUGCCGUUCGAAGAUAAAGAAGAGUUGCAGUCUAUUGACAAACUGCCAAAGUACGUGCAGCCAGUAUUUGAAGGUUUCAAAACGCUUAAUCGCAUCCAGAGUCGUUUGUGGAAGGCCGCUCUCGAUAGUGAUGAAAAUAUGUUGCUAUGUGCUCCCACCGGCGCUGGCAAAACGAACGUAGCUUUGUUGACUAUGAUGCGGGAAAUUGGUAAACAUAUCAAUGAGGAUGGCACAAUUAAUGUGGAAGAAUUUAAAAUUAUCUACGUAGCCCCAAUGAAAUCAUUGGUACAGGAAAUGGUGGGCAACUUUGGUCGUCGUUUGGCUUGUUAUAAUUUGACCGUCUCUGAGUUGACGGGUGAUCACCAAUUGACGAGCGAGCAAAUUGCCGCGACUCAAGUAAUAGUUUGCACGCCAGAAAAAUGGGACAUUAUCACACGUAAAGGCGGUGAAAAAACAUUCACCAGUCUAGUUCGACUAGUGAUUAUCGAUGAAAUUCAUUUAUUGCAUGAUGAGCGUGGCCCAGUUCUAGAGGCACUGGUGGCACGUACCAUAAGAAAUAUUGAAACCACCCAGGAGGAUGUGCGAUUGGUCGGCUUAUCCGCAACGCUGCCUAAUUACCAAGACGUGGCGACUUUCCUGCGCGUCAAGCCAGAUAAGGGCCUUUUUUACUUUGACAAUAGCUUCCGUCCAGUGGCUCUGGAACAGCAAUAUAUUGGCGUGACUGAAAAGAAGGCAUUGAAGCGUUUCCAAGUCAUGAAUGAAAUCGUUUACGAGAAGACAAUGGAGCACGCGGGCCGCAACCAAGUUUUAGUGUUUGUGCACUCGCGCAAAGAAACUGGAAAGACCGCGCGAGCAGUGCGUGAUAUGUGUUUAGAGAAGGACACACUCGGCAGUUUUCUGCGCGAAGGAUCGGCUAGCAUGGAAGUGCUGCGGACGGAGGCAGAGCAGGUGAAGAACACGGAAUUGAAAGAACUGUUGCCCUACGGAUUCGCCAUACAUCAUGCGGGCAUGACGCGCGUUGAUCGUACCUUGGUGGAGGACCUUUUCGCGGAUCGACAUAUCCAGGUUUUAGUGUCCACAGCAACUUUGGCUUGGGGUGUCAACUUGCCGGCGCAUACCGUUAUUAUUAAGGGCACACAAGUUUAUAAUCCGGAAAAAGGGCGCUGGGUGGAGCUGAGUGCUCUUGAUGUACUUCAGAUGUUGGGACGUGCUGGUCGCCCCCAAUACGACACCAAAGGCGAAGGCAUACUCAUUACCAACCAUAGUGAAUUACAGUUCUAUCUCUCACUCCUGAAUCAGCAGCUGCCUAUCGAGUCGCAGUUCAUUUCUAAAAUGCCCGAUAUGUUGAAUGCAGAAAUUGUACUGGGCACUGUGCAAAAUUUAAAAGACGCUGUGCACUGGCUUGGAUAUACCUAUCUCUACAUACGAAUGUUGCGUAAUCCCACCUUGUAUGGAAUUUCCCAUGAUGCUAUACGCGAUGAUUCACUGCUGGAGCAACAUCGAGCCGAUCUUAUACACACUGCCGCGCUACAUUUGGACCGCAGCGGCCUCGUCAAGUACGAUCGCAAGAGCGGCCAGUUCCAAGUGACGGAGCUGGGUCGUAUAGCAUCCCAUUACUAUUGCACACACGAAACCAUGAUGACAUAUAAUCAGUUGUUGAAGCAAACACUUAGUGAGAUCGAACUGUUUCGUGUUUUCUCACUCUCUUCGGAAUUCAAACACAUUGCUGUGCGCGAAGAGGAAAAAUUGGAGCUGCAAAAAUUGAUGGAACGUGUGCCCAUUCCCAUAAAAGAGUCUAUGGAGGAGCAUAGCGCUAAGGUGAAUGUAUUGCUACAAGCGUACAUCUCCCAACUGAAGCUGGAAGGAUUCGCACUGAUGUCGGAUAUGGUGUUCAUAACUCAGUCUGCGUCGCGUUUAAUGCGUGCCAUCUUUGAAAUUGUGUUGCAUCGAGGCUGGGCGCAGUUGGCUGACAAAACGUUAACACUGUGCAAGAUGAUCGAUCGCCGUAUGUGGCAAUCUAUGACGCCGCUUCGCCAAUUCAAGAAGAUGCCCGAUGAGAUCGCCAAGAAGUUAGAGAAGAAAAAUUUCCCGUGGGAACGCUUGUAUGAUUUAGAGCCAAAUGAGAUUGGCGAGCUGAUACGUGUGCCGAAGCUGGGCAAGACAAUACACAAAUUUGUGCAUCAAUUCCCAAAAUUGGAGCUAUCAACGCACAUACAACCCAUUACACGAGCCACUUUGCGAGUUGAACUCACAAUCACUCCCGAUUUCCAAUGGGAUGAAAAGGUGCACGGUUUAUCGGAAGGCUUCUGGAUACUUAUUGAAGAUGUGGACUCGGAGGUGAUAUUGCAUCAUGAAUUCUUUCUGCUAAAGGAAAAGUAUGCGCAAGACGAGCAUCAAAUAAAGUUCUUUGUGCCAGUUUUCGAACCGCUGCCGCCACAAUAUUUCCUACGCAUCGUAUCUGACCGUUGGAUUGGCUCAGAGACUCAGCUGCCAGUGUCUUUCAGACAUUUAAUACUCCCAGAAAAAAAUAUGCCACCAACAGAGUUGCUCGAUUUGCAACCCCUGCCCAUAUCUGCGCUUCGUAAACCGAAAUUUGAGGAAUUCUACGCAGAGCGUUUCCCCCAGUUCAAUCCAAUACAGACGCAGGUUUUCAAUGCGGUAUACAAUAGCGACGACAAUGUGUUCGUAGGCGCUCCUACAGGAUCCGGUAAAAUGACCAUAGCCGAGUUUGCAAUCAUGCGUUUGUUCUCGCAGCAAGCCGAGGGCCGUUGUGUCUACUUGGUAUCGAAAGAAGCUCUCGCCGAUCUUGUAUUUGCCGAUUGGCACGCCAAGUUCGGUGGUCUUUCCCUCAAAGUCGUAAAACUCACCGGUGAAACCGGCACCGAUCUGAAACUAUUAGCUAAAGGCCAAAUAAUCGUCACCACCGCUGACAAAUGGGAUGUGCUGUCUCGUCGGUGGAAGCAACGUAAAAAUGUGCAGGCAAUCAACCUUUUCAUAGUAGAUGAACUGCAACUGGUCGGCGGCGAAGAUGGUCCUGUUUUGGAGGUGGUUUGCUCACGUAUGCGCUACAUUUCAUCGCAGAUCGAGAAACAAAUUCGUAUUGUGGCGCUCUCGUCUUCGUUGGCUGAUGCGCGUGAUGUGGCGCAAUGGCUCGGUUGCAACGCCAACGCCACAUUCAAUUUCCACCCGAGUGUGCGUCCCAUCCCACUCGAGCUGCACAUACAAGGCUAUAAUAUCACACAUAAUGCGACUCGCAUUGCCUCCAUGUCUAAGCCUGUUUACAAUGCGAUUAUCAAGUACAGUCCACACAAGCCGGUAAUAGUGUUUGUGUCGUCACGCAAGCAAGCGCGUCUUACGGCCAUCGAUAUACUCACUUACAGUGCAUCAGAUAUGCAACCGAAUCGCUUCUUCCAUGCCGAGGAAGAGGACAUCAAACCAUUCCUUGAUCGUAUGUCCGACAAAACUCUGAAAGAAACGCUAUCUCAAGGUGUGGCCUACAUACAUGAGGGACUGACGGCUUCCGAUCAUCGCCUGGUGGAGCAAUUGUUUGACUCUGGUGCCGUACAGGUGGCGGUGGUGGCGCGAGAUCUCUGUUGGGGUAUGAGCAUUUCAGCGCACUUGGUCAUUAUUAUGGACACGCAAUUCUACAACGGCAAGAAUCACUCGUAUGAGGACUAUCCCAUAACAGAUGUGCUGCAAAUGAUAGGGCGCGCCAACCGUCCAAUUGAAGAUGCAGACGCUAAGUGCGUGUUGAUGUGCCAAUCGUCGAAGAAGGACUUCUUCAAGAAAUUUAUAAACGAGCCUUUGCCGAUUGAAAGCCACUUGGAUCAUCGUUUACACGAUCACUUCAAUGUAGAGGUGGUCACGAAGACAAUCGAAAACAAGCAGGAUGCAGUUGAUUACCUGACUUGGACAUUCUUAUACAGACGUCUGACACAAAACCCCAAUUACUACAAUUUGCAAGGUGUGACGCAUCGCCAUUUGUCGGAUCACUUAUCGGAAUUGGUCGAAAAUACAUUAUCCGAUUUGGAGCAGUCCAAAUGUAUCAGCAUUGAGGAUGACAUGGACACUCUGCCGCUCAAUCUGGGCAUGAUUGCUGCCUAUUAUUAUAUUAACUACACCACAAUUGAACUCUUCAGUUUGUCAUUGAAUAGCAAAACCAAAGUACGUGGAUUGCUUGAGAUCAUCUCGUCGGCGGCGGAGUAUGAAGAUAUUGUGGUGCGCCACCAUGAAGAAAAUAUACUUCGCACACUCUCACAACGGCUGCCAAACAAAUUGACGGGCCCCAACGAUUCAGGACCAAAAUUCAAUGAUCCACAUAUUAAGACAAAUUUACUGUUACAAGCCCAUUUAUCACGUCUUCAAUUGGGUCCCGAAUUGCAAGGUGACACGGAGCUGAUUUUGGGCAAAGCCAUCCGCUUGAUUCAGGCCUGUGUCGAUGUCCUUAGUUCGAAUGGUUGGCUCUCGCCUGCUGUGGCUGCUAUGGAGUUAGCGCAAAUGGUUACACAAGCAAUGUGGAGCAAAGACUCCUAUUUGAAGCAGCUACCACACUUUACAGCCGAUAUCAUCAAGCGUUGCGCGGAAAAGAAAAUCGAAACAGUUUUCGAUAUCAUGGAGUUGGAGGAUGACGAUCGCUCUCGUCUGCUGCAACUGACUGAUGCGCAAAUGGCUGACGUAGCGCGUUUCUGCAAUCGUUACCCAAAUAUAGAAAUGAAUUUCGAGGUGCUGGAUAAGGAUCGCAUAAAUUCUGGAUCGACCGUAAACGUUGUUGUGCAGUUGGAGCGCGAGGAUGAAGUUACCGGACCGGUUAUAGCACCAUUCUUCCCACAGAAACGCGAGGAGGGCUGGUGGGUGGUGAUUGGUGAUCCAAAAACUAAUUCGUUGCUUUCGAUUAAGCGGCUGACGCUACAACAGAAGGCGAAAAUAAAAUUGGAUUUCGUGGCGCCCAGUCCCGGUAGACAUGAGUACACGCUAUACUAUAUGAGCGAUUCAUAUUUGGGCUGCGAUCAAGAGUAUAAAUUCUCCAUCGAAGUGGGCGAUUUCCAGUCGGAAAGUGAAAGCGAAUCAGAUUAAAUUUGAUAAUUUAUAAGCAAAACAUUAUCUAAUACAUAAAUGAUUUCAAUUAGUACUAAUUGACCACUUCAUUGGUUGAAUUUAGAAUAUAUUUGCAUAUUUUAUGCGCACGCGCAAAAAACAACACGAAAUGAUGUUUACCUUGGACAUUUUUAAAUUUAUUUGUACGCAAAUUGGCAAGAUUUCAACAUUAAAUUUAAACUUCAACUUACACAAUUUUAAUUAA